AUAAAAGGGUUACUUUGGCACUUUGGUAAGACAGUUCAAAACAUUCCUCCAAGAUGAAGUACCUUUUCGUAGUCGCCCUGAUCGCUCUGGCCAUCCAGUUGGCCGCCUCCACUGGCACCUCCACCACCACCACUGAAGCCUCUACAACAACCACCACCACCACCGCAGCGGACUCGACAACCACAACCACUGAAUCCUCCUCAGACACCAGCACCACCUCCGAGAAGACCCAUCGCAAGAAGCUCUGCUGGAGGGGCAACAACUGGUGCGGCACCUUCAUCCCAAAGAGGAAGAGGUGCAAGAAUGGCAAAUGCCGCAGGGUGGUUGUGAGGGUGACCCGCAGGAAGACAGCCUAAGAUGUUGGCUCUUCAAUUUCAAAUAAAAGCAUUAGAAAAAGAAA